UGGAGUCCCUCCCCACAGCGUGCAGCGUGUGUGGAUGCCUGUGGUAUCGCUGCUUGCACUGGGAGGCAUGUCGGAAAGGAAUUCCUCUCAUCAAAGCGCUCCGAUUACUAACUACACAAACAACGGAAGCAGGAACACUGAGAGGCCCCUCCCUGUGUGAGGUCAUCACAGGUAUGCAGUGUGCCUCCCUCCCUGUUCAGACAGGCACUGGAGCGGCCCCAGCCCUAGCUAUCAGACAGGGCUCUGUACAGGUAAUCACAACAGAGUGCAGCAACACCUCCAGCAGCAAGCUCCACUCGGGAUAAUGAGCACUUGAAAUCCAAUGAUAUUUGUACUGUAAUUGCCUCUAUAAGAACACCCUCGCUACCAUGGAGUGCAAAGAUGAAGCCAGUGAUACCGACAGUGGCAUUAUCCUCCAGUCAGGCCUUGACAGCCCCACGUACCCCGUGAAAGACACGACCACGCACACCAGAGCGGUGAAACUGCGCCAGCAAUCCCUGGAAGACAAACUGGAGAGCUGCCGGCUGGAACUCCAAAAGCUGUGCAUCCGAGAAGCUGAGCUGACUGGAAUACUGCCCAAAGAAUUCCCUCUGAAGCCUGGGGAGAAAGCGCCCAACGUGAGGCGGAGGAUCGGGGCAGCUUUCAAACUGGACGAGCUGAGCAUCCUGCAGCAGGGAUCGGACCCCGAGCUGAGCUCUCUGGAGGCGGAGCUUGCCCUGCAGUUUCAGAUCUACGAAGCGGCCCGCAGGCUCUCAUUGGAGGAGAACAUCAGCAGACACAUGAAGAGGAGCCGGCUGAACCAGUGCGAGAAGGAGCAGAAGAAACUGAAGAAGCUGCAGCAGGCUGUGAACGAGCGCCGCGUGAAGGCUGGACACAAGCCACUGCACCCGGGCAGCCAGCUCCGAGACCAGGACCCUCACGGCUCUGAUGACAGCUCUCUGUCUGACGCAGCGCUGCUGGAAGAUGAGGAAGUUCCAUCUCUGACCCCCCACCCUGUGUGUGAGACCUCCUCCCCAGCGGAACCCCCCCCUCACAGCUCCCCACUGCCCCCCACCUGCUCCCAACGCCCGCUUCCCCCUCAGACCCUGGAAGGCCUCAUCCUGGGGCACAGCCCCAGCCUGGAGUACGACCGCUCCCCCAUCCAGAACACCGCCUGGCGGGAGUCCAGCCUCGACCAGCCCUAUGAGAAGCCCAAGAAGACCAACUCCGCCGCAAGCAGCCAGUCCAGUAGCCCGGCUGAGACUCCAGUGUCGACUCCCGUGGAUUUCAGACUGGGAGAUGCUCAGCUAUCCUACCAGUUCAGUCCAGUCAAGAAGCUCCCGCUCAGACACACCCACUCCUCCAGCGCUCCGUCCACUCCAGAGAUGCAGGGGCGCUGGGCUCACUCGCAGUCCGUCAGGCUACCCAGUAGCGACCCUUCCCAUGAUCCUUUGGAAUCCAGAGGGCGGAGCCGGUUUCCUAGGAGACAACCUGCCAACUUCACGAUGACCUCCCAGGACCAACCCUUCCCUCAGCCCAGAAUGAACCUCUCCAACCCCCUGUACCACUCCGGCUCUGAGGACAGCAACUCUGACUGCUCCAUUCCCUCCUGCCGGGAAGGGAUGCCAGAGCUGGUCAGACCGGGGCUCCCACCCUACCCGGGGCCUCCCCAGAACAACUGCUACCCAGGUUUCUACAAGAACCCCCAGAACCACUCCUCACCGAACUUCUACUCACCGCACGGGUACACAGAGGGUGGGAGGGGGUGUCUCACAGAGAGUGAUCCGAGGAGGGGAUACCUCAUAGAGAGUGAUCUGGGGAGGGGCUGUCUCACAGGGAGUGAUCCGAGGAGGGGGUACCUCACAGAGAGUGAUCCGAGGAGGGGGUACCUCAUAGAGAGUGAUCUGGGGAGAGGGUGUGUCAGAGAGAGUGAUCUGGGGAGGGGGUGUCUCAGAGAGAGUGAUCUGGGGAGGGGGUACCUCAUAGAGAGUGAUCUGGGGAGAGGGUGUGUAAGAGAGAGUGAUCUGGGGAGGGGGUGUCUCAGAGAGAGUGAUCUGGGGAGGGGGUGUCUCGCAGGGAGUGAUCCGAGGAGGGGGUACCUCACAGAGAGUGAUCCGAGGAGGGGGUACCUCACAGAGAGUGAUCCGAGGAGGGGGUACCUCAUAGAGAGUGAUCUGGGGAGAGGGUGUCUCAGAGAGAGUGAUCUGGGGAGGGGGUACAUUUUGCCCCAGUCUCCCCUGCUGUGGGAUCGGCCCUGCAGGCAGUAUCGUUACGAUGAUGACCCGGUUCCACGGAGGAUGAUGCAGAGGCCCUUCCCCAUGCAUGUCAGGUUGGCUCGCGCCCCCUCUCUGAAGGAUUACCCCCCAUCCGCCAGCCUGAGAGGGCUACCCAGAGAGGUGGUCUCAGAGGAGCUCCAGUCCUGGCACGUGCGGAGCGUGUUCAAGAGUGUGCGCCCCCGGUCCCUCGACAGGCAAGGCGCCAUCCGGGUCAGAAGCAACACACCAGGCAGGGAGUCUCCGCUCACCAGGCAGCCAGAGCCCCACCAGCAGAGUCCGCAGAGACGCAUCUUGCAGAGAGCUCCGGACGGGACGCCAGUGCAGUGGUACGUGGAGGAAGAGUCUGAAAUCGUCAGUCAGGUUUAGAGACGAGAGACGAGCCCCACUGACAUGAUUCAGGACCCAGUGCAGCCCUAUUGCAGACUUCGCUGUGUGUGGCGUGCAGCACAGGGUUAUUCCGUGUUGCUGUAAAAUGGCUGGAGGAAUCGGACAGUUUAAAAGCAAUGCCAUCGUCCGCCCGGCUGCUGCAGAGUCUGCAAGCAUGAGGAAGCUAAUGUCGGAAGUAAAACGGCUUCUCGGAUGUGGAGGAAGAUUUGAUACAAAACUCCAGCUCUCCUCAUUGCAUCUCUACGCCUUUUUUAAAGCUUGCUAACCAAGGAUUUCAACUCUAUUUUCUUGUCUCUCUCUGUUGUCGCAGUGCUAUCACAGAUGUUCUUCUGUGCUUGAAUUACCUAAGACUUCACUGAACUUGCAACAGGAAGCGAUAAGGCUUUCACAAGGAUGAAGAAGCCAGCUGUUUGCUCAGCAGCUCCAUGAAACCGUGAUCAUGCCUACAGAUGAUUUCAGGCAGAUCAAAACAAACUCUUUAAACGGACAGAAUGCAGCGAGGUCUAAUUGAACUGGGAUCAUUAAAAUCUGGUCACAACCUCGCCUGACUCUGUCCGCUGCUAUUACCCCUAGGAAAGUGUAUACCAAGAUGUUCCGUCUGCAGGAAGUCCGAUAAGGAGUGCGAGAAAACCCCCUUUUAUAAUCUUCAAUAAGCACCGAACGAACGAAGCCAGGGAACAGACUGAACUCGUUUCAAAGUCUUUAUCUGACUACGACAGGACCAAUAAUAUGGAACGAUAUUAAACUGCUGUAAGAGUUUAAAAGGAUACUCUGGUGUAAAUAAAUACAUGUCGAAAUAGAACAUGCUGGUCAUUGUACGGACAUGUUUGUGUUGGUGAACACUAAGUGUAUUAAUAUAAUAUAUGUUUUGUUGUUUUACUUUGUAAUGAAAUAGUAGUGAUGCUACAGGUAACCUGGCUUCACCUUACAAAAAAAAAUACAGAAGUCAGUCAUCUUUUUACUCAACUGUUGCUUUUAUUUUUUGCUCGUAUAAUGACCUACUAAAAAACAGUUUUACAAGUAACACGUCCUGUGCUGAAGGGCCAGCACACGCGUGGGGUACACCACAGCGAUGAAGCGGAGGACGGCGAUGGCCACCAUGCUGUAGAAGCUGCUGAAUAUGGUGAGGGUGCUGAGCGCUGAAUGGGAGACGCACACCGCCGCGCCCCAACGCCAGCCCUCGAAGACCUUCUUGAAAAACGCCACGGGGAUAUUGUACAGGAGAAGGAAGAGGUCCGACACCGUGAUAUUAAUGACGAACAUGUUGGUCAGAUGGUUGAUGGGGCCAAGACACCCCUUCUGAGAAGGAAGAGGUCCGACACCGUGAUAUUAAUGACGAACAUGUUGGUCAGAUGGUUGAUGGGGCCAAGACACCCCUUCUUGCUGUCUAUCAGAACCAGGAGGAGCAGCAGGUUUCCAGUGUCCUGAAAACGCCGCGAGAGAGAUUGAAAUUACUAUCGCUUUCUCCAGUGCGUUCUCCAGGAUUGCACCACAAGCAGAAGCUACAGCGAACGUGUCCUCAUUCACAUAAUGACUUUUUAUUAAUAAUUAAUGAAAUACAUUCAGGUGUUUUUUUUUUCAGCUGCUGUUCGCUUCUAAAACUAGAAUUCGGUUUUAUGAAUAUCAAACUCGAUUGUAUUGAAAAUAUUUGUAUAGUCUGCUUUGAUUAAUUAAGCAAAGACUAGA